GGGAGGUGGGUGCAGUGAAGAGACUGCCAACUCUACUUCUCCACUGCUUGGUUAAGGUUUUAUUAAGAGAGAGAACAGUCAGAGGCGUUAGGAAGAGUUCAGAGCAGAGAGAGAAAGAAGUAGACUGAGCGUGGCCAGCAGACUGGACGUGGCCAGGGCUGUCUGUGAGAGACUUGAGAAGAGCAGGGGCUGGAGGAGAGAAGGAGCUUAGUGAGAGCAGAAGCAGCCAAGAACAGUGAGAAUGGGAUGCACAGCUGUGGGGAGGAAGCUGGACGGAGCUCUGAGUAGAGGCACUGCCUUUUGAAGGUUGGGAAUUGGAGCAUCCUUUGGACCUGAGAGUAGGGAGCUUUCUUUUCCUCUGUGUAGACCCAAGUGUCCCGGAACUCAAUCUAUAAGCCAGGCUGGCCUCCAACUCACAUGCUUCUGCCUUCUGAGAGUGGUGAGAUUUUUUUUUUUUUUUUUUAUCAGCAGCAAUGCAGAAGGAAACUUGGGAGUUGAACAAUGGUCCAUAAACACUGCUUCCAUCCUCCAGACAGGACAGGCAGAGAAGAGGCACUAUUUAUUUACAGUCUAAAAAAAAAGUCCUCACCCUUCCCCUCUCAUUCCCACAGUGAUAAAAAGGAUCAUGUUCCCCUCGGAGUAAAGAGCAACCCUGCAUGGCAAUGUGAUAGUGCAAAAUCCAGAAUGGAUGUCCUCUUUAUAGCCCUCCUUGUGGCACCACUUGUCCUGGGGCAGGAAUAUGAGGAUGAAGAACAGCUGGAAGAGGUUGAUUACUAUCAAGUGUCGUAUUAUUAUUACACAGUGACCCCUAAUUAUGAUGACUUUAAUGUAAACUUCACUGUUGAUUACUCCGCGUUUGAGUCAGAGGAUAGGUUGAACAGUUUGAAUGAGGAGGUAACAACAACAGAAGCGGUGGAGACUAGCGCUUCCUCGUACAGUCUUCAUACCGAACCUGUGGACCAUCAGAAUCCUGUAACCACGAAACCAGUGACUAUGAAACCAGUGACCACGAAACCAGUGACUACCAAACAAGUGACUACAAAACAAGUGACCACAGAAUCACAGAGUCCAGAUCAGAAUGAUGCCAUAUCCGCUCUGCAGAGUCCUGUGUCCUGUCUUCUGUUAUGGAUCCUCCUUCAAGGAGGGGUGCAUUUUAUGUAGAAGGUGAGAGAAGGCUGCUAUGACUCUUCGGACUAGAAUUCUUUGGCAAGAAUUUGGAUGGAAAAUAAAAAAUUAAGUUUUGCCUGCUUCUUAA